CCUUGGUCAGCACUGUUACCCCGCCCGCCGUGCGAUCCCGCCCCCCUCGGAGCGCCCCUGUGGUCUGACUUCAGCAGCACUUUCCGGCAGGAGACUGGGCACUCGCUGUCACCCGCGAGCUGCCUCCCUCAGCGAGAUCUGAGCAUCUUUCCGGAGGCUAACAGACCUGGGCUUCGGGGUGACCACUGUGCUUGCCUCAGUUUCCUUUUCUGGAGCAGGGGAAGGCCCGGCUCCCUGCCCAAAGGCGGCAGUGCGCUAAGUGGCAGACGCUCGGGGAAAGCCGGCGCGGGGCGGACCCCAGCGCCAGUAGUGACGGGGGCGAACGCCGCCGGGAGACUCCAGCCGGCGGGCGAGCAGGCCUGUCGUUGCUGGUGGCGGCAUGGUCUUCUGUCUGUCGAGCGAGGAGCCGCGCCGCCCGCUGCGAAGCGACAUGGUCCACUUCCAGGCCUCGGAAGUCCAGCAGCUGCUACACAACAAGUUCGUGGUCAUCUUGGGGGACUCCAUUCAGAGGGCUGUGUACAAGGACCUGGUGCUCUUGCUCCAGAAAGACUCACUGCUCACAGCUGCCCAGCUGAAAGCCAAGGGGGAGCUGAGCUUUGAACAGGACCAGCUGGUGGCUGGGGGCCAGCUGGGCGAGCUGCACAACGGGACACAGUAUCGUGAGGUCCGCCAGUUCUGCUCGGGCUCUGGCCACCACCUUGUGCGCUUCUACUUCCUCACUCGUGUUUACUCCGAGUACCUUGAGGAUGUUCUGGAAGAGCUGACAUAUGGACCUGCCCCGGACCUGGUGAUCAUCAACUCCUGCCUCUGGGAUCUCUCCAGAUAUGGUCGCUGCUCAAUGGAGAGCUACCGGGAGAACCUGGAGCGGGUGUUUGUGCGCAUGGACCAAGUAUUGCCAGACUCCUGCCUGCUGGUGUGGAACAUGGCGAUGCCCCUCGGGGAACGUAUCACUGGGGGUUUCCUCCUGCCAGAGCUCCAGCCCCUGGCAGGCUCCCUGCGGCGGGAUGUGGUUGAAGGGAACUUCUACAGUGCUACGCUGGCCGGGGACCACUGCUUUGAUGUCCUAGACCUCCACUUUCACUUCCGGCAUGCAGUACAGCACCGUCAUCGGGAUGGUGUCCACUGGGACCAGCAUGCGCACCGCCACCUCUCACACCUGCUUCUGACCCAUGUGGCUGACGCCUGGGGUGUGGAGCUGCCCAAGCGUGGCUAUCCCCCUGACCCGUGGAUUGAGGACUGGGCAGAGAUGAAUCAUCCAUUCCAGGGAAGCCAUAGGCAGACCCCAGACUUCGGGGAGCACCUGGCCUUGCUCCCACCCCCACCUUCUUCUUUGCCUCCUCCCAUGCCUUUUCCCUACCCGCUUCCUCAGCCCUCGCCACCUCCCCUCUUCCCACCCCUGCCCCAGGAUACCCCUUUUUUCCCAGGCCAGCCCUUCCCACCCCAUGAAUUCUUCAACUAUAAUCCAGUGGAGGACUUCUCGAUGCCACCCCACUUAGGAUGUGGCCCUGGAGUGAACUUUGUGCCUGGCCCUCUGCCACCUCCAAUCCCUGGCCCUAAUCCCCAUGGUCAGCACUGGGGCCCAGUGGUCCACCGGGGGAUGCCACGCUAUGUUCCUAACAGCCCCUACCAUGUGCGGAGAAUGGGGGGGCCCUGCAGGCAGCGGCUCAGACACUCAGAGAGACUGAUCCACACAUACAAACUGGACAGACGGCCUCCUGCCCAUUCGGGGACAUGGCCUGGGUAGACUGGAUCUUGGGCUGGGACUGGAUGUGCCAAUGGCCCUGCAGGGCCUGCCUGGCACCUCAGGUACUGGGCUAGGGUGUCUGCUAUGCCUGGUAUUGUUCUUGUCCAUUGCUGUCACCAAUAAAGGCAUGGAAGAACAGA